AACUACGGCGGGAGCUGGCAGUCACGAUCUCUAAGCAUUGUGUCUCUGUUCUUUUCUUCUGUAGAACAUUAUAAACAUCACUGGUUCCCAGAAAAGCCGUGCAAGGGAUCAGGUUACCGUUGUAUUCGCAUCAACCAUAAAAUGGAUCCUCUGAUUGGACAGGCAGCACAGCGGAUUGGACUGAGCAGUCAGGAGCUGUUCAGGCUUCUCCCAAGUGAACUCACACUCUGGGUUGACCCCUAUGAAGUGUCCUACAGAAUUGGAGAGGAUGGCUCCAUCUGUGUGCUGUACGAGGCCUCACCAGCAGGAGGUAGCACCCAGAACAGCACCAACGUGCAAAUGGUAGACAGCAGAAUCAGCUGUAAGGAGGAACUUCUCUUGGGCAGAACAAGCCCUUCCAAAAACUACAAUAUGAUGACUGUAUCAGGUUAA